AUGGCGGAACCCACCCAUCAGACCGAAACCAUGACCGGUUUCAAGCCCUUGUCCAACGCCGAAGACUAUUCCCUGCCUGCUACAGCCAGCGAUUUGUCUCCACGGGCAGAGGCUGCCAUGGCGAAUGGUCUUCCCUUGGAGACUGCCGACGAAGACCACGAGGAGGUGGACGAAGACUAUGUCGCAGUCGACCCUGACGAGAUCAGUGAUUUCUCAUAUUGGCUCCGGCGCCCGCCUGUGCAUCAUCGCACCAAGUUGGAUGAAUUGCAUCCUUUUGUCCAAAUCCUGACGGUUUCCAAUGUCGAUGAUUGUGUCGAGGUCGAAAAUGCUUUUCCAGAGAACGAGCGCUGCUCCCGAGAAAAGUUCAUCUACCGCCUCACAAAAUGCCCUGAAUUAUGUCUAGGCCUGUUCACCAUUCCCAUUGUACCAAAGGGCCAACCCAAGCCGCGUCCGACGUUGAUCGGUCAUAUCAUUGCUACGCGGACCUCAACACAACUUGUCACAGACAAUGCCAUGAAGCUCCCGUCCAACUGGAGGAGUGCACGCGUCGUUACGGAGAAUGGAGAGACCAUCGGACACGACGAGUAUGGCAGCACCAUCGCCAUCCAUUCCCUCGCUGUACUUCCGGAACACCAGGGCAAGCAAGUCGGAAGCACUUUGAUGAAGUCAUAUAUCCAGCGGAUCAGGGAAGCCGCGAUCGCAGAGCGCAUCUCCAUCAUUGCGCAUGACCAUCUGGUGCCCUUUUACGAGUCUUUUGGGUUCGAGAACCGUGGUCCCAGCAAGUGUCAGUUUGGCGGUGGCGGAUGGACUGACCUGGUGAGUUUCUUCUUGACUGAUUAG